AUGGUCUCCCUCAAACGUUUUGCUAGCACCUUGCUGCUUCAGUCUUCGCUAGGGGUUGCCAGCCCUGUCCCGGCCAAUGCUCAGGAGCAGGAGAGUGCCGCCAGCACCUUCCAGAAUAUGGUCUACUUCACAAAUUGGGGUAUCUACGGGAGAAACUUUCAACCAGCACAGCUUCCCGCUUCACAGAUCAACCUAGUCCUAUACUCGUUCGCAAACGUCCAAUCAGACGGAACUGUGGUUUCUACGGACACCUAUGCGGAUCUAGAGAAGCACUACGAUGGUGAUUCCUGGAACGACGUAGGCAACAACGCCUACGGCUGCGUGAAGCAGCUAUACAAGCUCAAGCAAGCGAACCGCCAACUCAAGGUCGCAUUGUCGAUAGGCGGCUGGACUUUAUCAACCAACUUCCCCGCCGCCGCCGCCAGCGAUGCCACGCGCUCGACCUUCGCCAAGUCCGCCGUGGCCCUGAUGAAGGACUGGGGCUUCGACGGCCUCGACAUCGACUGGGAGUACCCGGCCGACGACACGCAGGCCACCAACUUCGUCGCGCUCCUCAAAGCCGUCCGCGCCGAGCUCGACGCGUACGCCGCCCAAAGCGCGCCAGGGUACCACUUCCUCCUGACCGCCGCCGUCCCCGCCGGCCCGGCCAACUACAACAAGCUGCACCUCAGCGACAUGGCGCCCCUGCUCGACCGCUUCAACCUGAUGGCGUACGACUACGCCGGCUCCUGGGACACGACGUCAGGUCACCAAGCGAAUCUCUACCCCAACGCUCAAAACCCCGUCGCGACGCCCUUCUCGACCGACGCCGCCGUCGCCGCGUACAUCAACGGCGGCGUUCCCGCCAACAAAAUCGUCCUCGGCCUGCCCCUCUACGGGCGCAGCUUCGAAGCCACCGACGGCAUCGGCAAGCCGUACAGCGGGAUCGGCACCGGCAGCUGGGAGGCCGGCGUCUGGGACUACAAGGUGCUCCCGCGCGCCGGCGCCACGGAAACCUACGACGACGUCUCCGGCGCCGUGUACUCGUACGACUCCUCCUCCAAGGAGCUCAUCUCGUACGACAACGUCGACAUGGUCAAGCGCAAGGUGACGUACCUCCAGGGCAAAGGGCUCGGCGGCUCGAUGUUCUGGGAGGCGUCGGGCGACCGCACCGGCGACGGGUCGUUGAUCGCCGCGGCGUACGAGGCGCAGGGCGGCGCGGCGGCCCUGGAUGGCGAGCAGAACCUGCUGAGUUAUCCCGACAGCCAGUAUCUCAACAUCAAGAAUAACCUCGCGUGA